GAAGCUGAGCCGGCUCAGGGCCCAGCCCUACGCAAGCACAGGCCCCCCAGGACCCCUAGGGCAAGGGCCCCACCGGCGGCCCCGCAGGGACCAUGGGAUCCAGAGCUGAAGGGGGUCCACCUGCCGUGUUUGAUUGGUUCUUCGAAGCAGCCCGCCCUGCCUCCCUGCAAGAAGAUCCCCCCAUCCUGCGACAGUUUCCCCCAGACUUCAGGGACCAGGAAGCUAUGCAGAUGGUGCCUAAAUUCUGCUUUCCUUUUGAUGUGGAAAGGGAGCCCCCCAGCCCAGCUGUACAACAUUUCACCUUUGCCCUCACCGACCUGAGCGGCACCCGCAGAUUUGGUUUCUGCCACCUACGGGCUGGUGCCCACAGUUGCCUGUGCAUCCUCAGCCAUCUGCCUUGGUUUGAGGUGUUUUACAAGCUACUGAACACAGUGGGCGACCUCCUGGCCCAGGACCAAGUCUCUGAGGUCGAGGAACUUCUUCUAAAUCUGCUGCACCAGCCCCUGCCUGGGACCCAGGCCUCCGUGGAGCUGGGCAGCGGAGUGACAAUCUCCAGUGCACAAAGCAUCCCGCCCCCUGCCCCUGGGAACAGCAGGCCGCUCUCCUGCUACGUAGCCCCCGACUCUGGCCGCCUGCCAUCCAUUCCUGAGAACAGGAACCUAACGGAGCUGGUGGUGGCGGUGACAGACGAGAACAUCGUGGGGCUGUUCGCCGCGCUCCUGGCGGAGAGAAGGGUCCUUCUCACCGCCAGCAAGCUGAGCACCCUGACUUCGUGCGUCCACGCGUCCUGCGCCCUCCUGUACCCCAUGCACUGGGAGCACGUGCUGAUCCCCACGCUGCCGCCGCAUCUGCUGGACUACUGCUGUGCGCCCAUGCCCUACCUCAUCGGAGUGCACUCCAGUCUCGCCGAGAGAGUGCGGGAGAAAGCCCUGGAGGAAGUCGUGAUGAUGAACGUGGACUCCAAUACCUUAGAGACGCCCUUCGACGACGUGCAAGCGUUGCCCCCAGACGUGGUGUCCCUGCUGAGGCUGCGGCUAAGGAAGGUUGCCCUGGCGCCCGGGGAAGGGGUGUCCCGUCUCUUCCUCAAAGCCCAGGCCCUGCUCUUCGGGGGAUACCGCGAUGCGCUCGUCUGCAGCCCGGGUCAGCCUGUGACCUUCAGUGAAGAGGCCUUCUUGGCCCAGAAGCCGGGGGCGCCCCUGCAGGCCUUCCAUCGGAGAGCUGUGCACCUGCAGCUGUUCAAACAGUUCAUCGAAGGCCGACUGGAGAAGCUGAACACAGGAGAGGGCUUCUCAGAUCUCUUUGAGCAGGAGAUCACCUGCAAUGGGGCCUCCUCAGGCGCUCUUUACUCCUACCAGCUCUGGGCAGACAACCUAAAGAAAGGUGGCGGUGCUCUCCUGCAUUCGGUCAAGGCCAAGACUCAACCAGCUGUCAAAAACAUGUACCGCUCGGCCAAGAGCGGCUUGAAGGGUGUGCACAGCCUUCUGAUGUACAAGGAUGGGGACUCUAGCCGGCAAAGGGGGGGCUCCCUGAGAGCCCCGUCCCUCACCAGCCGCUCAGAUCGCCUGCAACAGCGCCUGCCUAUCACCCAGCACUUUGGAAAGAACCGGCCCCUUCGCCCCAGCAGGAGACGGCGACUAGAAGAGAGACCUUCUGAGUCCCUGGAGCAAGGGACACCUGCUCUGAGCCCUGAGGAGGCCCAGGACCCAUGGGCAGAGGAAGCUCUGGACAGCAGCUUCCUGGGGUCUGGAGAAGAACUGGAUUUGCUGGGCGAGAUUCUGGACAGUCUGAGCCUGGGAGCCAGCAGGACAGGUAGCCUGCGGCCCAGCCAGAGCUUGGACUGCUGUCACAGAGAGGACACAGACAGCUGCUUCAGCUUGCCUGACAUAGCAGAAGGACCAAGAUGGCAACCAGAAGAUGAGAAACUUCCAGAGCCCCAGCCCCCAGCCCUGCCUGCUGACCUGCCAUCUCAGCAAACCCUCCAGUCUUCGGAUGCCGCGACCUCCUCAAAGGACCCUGUUUCCCAGCCAGAAACCAUCCUUCCUUCGCUGCCUUCACCAGCUUCUGCGGACCCCAGCAGCCCAGGGGACCCCGAGUCCAGUCUUCUCAUCCUACCUCUCUCCCCUCCCCGCAAGGCAGCUGAAGACCCCAGAGCCCCAGAGAGCCCCUGCUCUCAGCUGUCCACAGCACCCACCCAGUCCAGCCCUCCAGAAAGCCCCCAACUUCUGGUCCCCACAAAGCCCAACUUGGAUAUUACCUGGACAUCCCAACCCCUUGAGCCCCUUGAUUCUUCCUCAGAUCCUGGUUCCCCAGAGAACCCCAGGCCCCAGCCAUCUGAGGUCAUGCUGGCAGAACAUGCUCAUUUCCGGUGCCCCAAGGGGCCAGGAGCCCUCAGACCCCCUGCUGCACCCGACAGUGACUGGCAGGAGUCCCAGGCUAGGAGCCGGCCCAGAGUCGCUGAGCUUAAAAAGUGUUUUGAAGGUUAAGAAUCAGGGUCCCAGAGGAGACCCUGGUCCUUCAAUAAAGCCACAUGAGCCCAAA